CGCUUGCUCUCUCGCUCCUCAUUUUGCUCACCUCCGCUUUCUCUCUCUCUCUAAAAAAGCUUGAAGAAGAAUCUCGAUUCCAAGUUCAUUCAGGGUUUAAGAAAGCGAGAUGUCAGACGACGAAUCGAAGGAGGAGAAGGAGUUGGAUCUUUCUUCCACUGAUGUGGUCACUAAAUACAAGAGCGCGGCUGAGAUCGUUAACAAGGCGCUUCAGUUGGUGUUGUCGGAAUGCAAGCCGAAGGCGAAGAUUGUUGACAUUUGUGAGAAAGGAGACACCUUUAUCAGAGAGCAAGCUGGAAGCAUGUACAAGAAUGUAAAGAAAAAGAUUGAGAGGGGCAUCGCUUUCCCAACUUGUAUUUCUGUCAACAACAUUGUAUGCCAUUACUCACCAUUGGCCAGUGAUGAGACUGUCUUGGAAGAGAAUGAUGUUGUGAAAAUUGACAUGGGGUGUCAUAUAGAUGGUUUUAUUGCGGUUGUCGCACACACUCACGUACUUCAAGAAGGACCUGUGACUGGGAGAGCAGCGGAUGUGAUUGCAGCAGCCAACACUGCUUCAGAGGUUGCCCUGAGGCUUGUGAGACCUGGAAAGAAGAAUAAGGAUGUAACUGAAGCUAUCCAGAAGGUGGCUGCUGCUUAUGAUUGCAAAAUAGUUGAAGGGGUCCUCAGUCAUCAGCUAAAACAGUUUGUAAUUGAUGGGAACAAAGUUGUGCUUAGUGUGUCCAAUCCAGAGACUAGGGUAGAUGAUGCGGAAUUUGAGGAAAAUGAAGUGUAUGCAAUUGACAUAGUUACAAGCACAGGAGAAGGGAAGCCGAAGUUGUUGGACGAAAGGCAAACCACUAUUUAUAAAAGAGCUGUAGACAAAAAUUACCACCUAAAAAUGAAGGCGUCAAGGUUUAUUUUUAGUGAGAUAAACCAGAAGUUUCCAAUAAUGCCAUUUACUGCAAGGGCUUUUGAGGAGAAACGUGCCCGGCUUGGGCUGGUAGAAUGUGUGAACCAUGAUUUAUUGCAACCCUAUCCUGUUUUGCAUGAGAAGCCAGGUGACCUUGUUGCUCACAUCAAGUUUACAGUGCUGUUAAUGCCAAAUGGAUCAGACAGAAUUACCUCUCAUCCUUUGCAACAGUUGCAACCUACAAAGACCAUAGAUGAUGAUCCUGAAAUUAAAGCAUGGUUAGCAUUGGGCAUAAAGACAAAGAAAAAAGGUGGAGGGAAGAAGAAGAAAGGCAAGAAAGCUGAGACGACUGAGGCCGAACCGAUGGAUGAAGCAUCGAAUGGCAGUGCACCUAAGGAAUGAGAAGCUACAGCUUUCGUGUUAUCUUUACCGCACAUCUGUUAUCGGUGAUCCCUUGAAAACCCUCCGCCCUAAAAUGAAUUUCAGCCAAAAGAGAUGCAAAAGUUAUGCGACGAAAAAUUUUAUUUGACAAAACGGGGGGUACAACUUAUCAAAGGUUUGCGCCUUGAAGUGCUUAGUCAGUUGCUAAUUUGGAAAUGAAGGGGGGAAAAGAACCUCGUCUUAGUUUACUGUGCACUGUAAUAUCAUGCAUUUUGACUCAAAAGGAGUGUCCUUGUCUGCAAUUUCUCUGGGCUUUUAGUUCACUGAUUAAGAAUUUACUGCUCAGGACUAAUUCUAUAUAUUGAUGUGAAUAAGAUUGUAAGAAAGAGUUCUUGUGAUUAUGUACAUUGCACAAUCUCUCUAUGCCCCUUCUCAAAUUAUUACAUCUUUGUUUC